CUUCCCUUGCCCUCUGCUGCCGCAGCCAUGAAGGUCAAGCUGUGCAGCUUCAGCGGGUACAAGAUUUACCCCGGGCACGGGCGGCGCUACACCAGGACCAAUGGAAAGGUUUUCCAGUUCCUUAAUGCAAAAUGUGAGUCGGCAUUCCUUUCCAAGAGGAGCCCUUGGCGGAUAAACUGGACUGUUCUCUACAGGAGGAAGCACAAGAAGGGACAAUCGGAAGAAAUUCAAAAGAAAAGAACCCGCCGUGCAGUCAAAUUCCAGAGGGCCAUCACUGGUGCAUCUCUUGCUGAUAUAAUGGCCAAGAGGAAUCAGAAACCUGAGGUUAGAAAGGCCCAACGAGAGCAGGCCAUCAGGGCUGCCAAGGAAGCAAAAAAGGCAAAGCAGGCUUCUAAAAAUACAGCAAUAACCACUACUAAGGCCCCCACAAAGGCAGCACCGAAGCAAAAGAUUGUGAAGCCCGUGAAAGUGUCCGCUCCCCGGGUUGGUGGAAAACGCUAAGUUGGCAGCUGAGACUUUCUAAUAAAGAUGCAACUA